AUGUCCCACGACUAUUCAUCGUCUAGUGAUGAUGAAAACUUUAACCCAAGUGCUCAAAAUCGGUUUCAUAUCCAAAUACCACAACAGCAACUAAAUUUGAAUGAGGUCCGUAAACAGAAUCAAAAGAAGGAUAAGUCAAAGUUUACCAAGCAAACAUCAUCAAAUUUCAAUAAAGUUGCCAACAAGUUUAAUAAUAAAAAGAGCAGCCUGAAAAAGUAUCCCGAUUCGUAUAUUCCUCGUGACCCGAGGGCUUCUUUAAAUGCGUCAAGGCUGUCGCAUGCGUCUUUUGAAGAAGAAGGUGGUGGAAGUGGAGAUAGUGACUCUAAUUCUGACGAUGAGUUUAACCCUGCUUCUUCUGCAUCAGGAAAUCAGAACUUGCCUCAUUUUAAAUUUGAUGCCAAUGAUAUAAGAAAAAGUCAAGGUCCAGUUGAUAGCGAUGACGAUGAUUCUGAUGAUGGUAGUUAUCAAGAUCAAACGCAUACUGACUUUACACAUCUUCAACAGGCGCCUCAUGAACAAUUCUACCAAACUGAUUCAUCAGACGAGGAGGACCCAAGAAGAAAAGAUGAGCAUCGUCCUGAAUCACUUCAUCAGGACCAUUUACAAAGGUCGAAAUCAAGUGCAUCAAGAAAAUCAUCAGAUGACCAUACCGCAGCUCAUACUGCAUCGUCAUCGUCAUCGUCAUCACGACAAAAUCGUAAACCUUCAAUCCACUCAAUGCGUUCACAUGAAACUAACCGCAGUUCGUCCAAAAGGAGUAUCACUAGUGGAUCCAAGGACUCUAAUGGAGGUUUAAGAGGCAUUCUUCGCAAAAUGUCGUUAGCUGAUCGUAUUCCUUCCGAAGAUCAUGACAUUAGUCGUAGUGAUACGUUUCUAGGAAGAGUCCUUGGUGGAGGUCAUCAAGGGUUGAGUGGAGGCGGAUUAGCUCCCGGUGCAAGUAGGGCAUCUAGAGAUAACAAUGCUAAUGCCGAUGAAGAGAAACGUGUUGGGUUUGCCGAAAACGAAAAUGAUCGUGGUGAUCAUCAUGAUAUUGAAUUACAACCAUUAUCGAAAUAUGAUGAUUUAAGUGAUGAAGUUAAGGCUUUGGUUGAUCAACAUAUUCCCGAUGCGGCAUUGCAUUCAACAAAUGCAAGUACCAAUACAAGUGCUGAUGUGACACCAACGCGUAGCACUGAUGAUUUGCUCAAUGAAAAGACUAAAGAUGAUGAGAACAAAGAAGAGCGCAAAAAGUCAUCCGAUAAAGAUGAAGAUCAAAAUAAAGAUAAUCCAUUUUAUGCCCCCAAUCCCGAUCUUUUCCUUCGUGGACAUAACAAUUCAGAAUCGAAUGAAUUAGCUGGCGUUGAUGGUAAUUACAUCGAGCCUCCAAAACACGUUCAAGCCGGUGUCUUGUCUUCAUUAUUGCGUUUGUAUCAACAACCAGCCGAGAAUAAAUCAGCAAGUUCAUUGAGUAAUGUUGACACCAAUGACUCAACUGUUGAUAGUUUUGAGGACCACAGAAAACCUACCCUGCAUUUAGACUUGACCAAGUUUGGAACUGAAGUUGGCGCGGGAGUUAAAUAUGGGAUGAAGUCAGCACAGCAGAGUGCUAGUAAGGGGUACCUGGGUAUUAAAGCUUCAGGAAAAGCUAUUGGAAAAGCUGCUAAUAGAAUGAGACGUUUUGACGGCAGCAAGGGAGCUGGAGCUGAUGAUCAACGGUUACACGACGCAAGCGACGACGACGACGACGACGACGAUGAUGAUGAUGGUCACAAUGGUGGUGGCGAUGGUAAAGGCAAAUAUGACGCUGGUGGCUUGCCAUCUUUCCAAAACGCAAAGCCAAAAAUACCUAAAAAGAAGGUGACUGACCCAGCUGCCAAGUUGAAGAAAUUGAAGCGUAACAAAAAAGCAGAAAGAUUGCGUAUCACUGUCCAUAUAGCUGAUGUCUUGCAGCGACAACGGUUUAUCGUCAACAUGUGUCGUGCAUUGAUGUUGUAUGGAGCACCAACGCAUAGAUUGGAAGAAUAUAUGGUUAUGACAUCGCGAGUGUUGGAGAUUGAUGGCCAAUUCAUUUAUUUUCCUGGAUGUAUGUUGGUAUCUUUUGGUGAUGCAGCCACAAGGACUUCCGAAGUUCAUCUUGUGCGAUGUGCUCAAGGAAUCAACUUGGGUAAACUAUCUGACGCUCAUAAGCUUUAUAAAGCGGUGACACAUGAUUUAAUCGGGGUUGAAGAAGCCUCCAAAAAGUUGGAUGAUUUAUUAAAGGAAAAAAACAAGUUCUCACCUUGGUUAUGUAUAUUCUUUUAUGGGCUUGGGUCAUUGGCAGUCACACCUUUUGCCUUUGAUGGUGGAUGGAUCGAUUUGCCUAUAAGUUUUGGUAUUGGAUUAUGUGUGGGAUUUUUGCAAUUUUACGUGUCAACAUUGUCAAACUUGUACUCGAAUGUGUUUGAAGUAUCAUCAGCCAUUGUUGUUUCCUUUAUAGCUAGAGGUAUUGGAUCCAUACGUGGUGGAGAUUUGUUUUGUUUCAGUGCUAUUGCUCAAGGUUCAUUGGCCAUUAUCUUGCCUGGUUACAUUAUCUUAUCAGGAUCAUUGGAGUUGCAAUCGAGAAAUAUUGUUGCUGGAUCAGUGAGAAUGUUCUAUGCCAUUAUAUAUUCCUUGUUUCUUGGGUUCGGAAUCACGUUGGGAUCAGCGUUAUUUGGAUGGGUAUAUCAUGAUGCAACGUCAGAAAACAGUUGUUCCGCGGGGCAUACUAUUGAUGAUAAAUGGAGAAUCUUGUUUGUGCCCCUUUUCGCCACAUGUCUAGGAUUACUUAAUCAAGCCAAAUGGCGUCAAUUGCCAAUCAUGAUCAUCAUUGCUAGUGUCGGUUAUAUUGGAACCUAUUUCGCGGGUAAACAUUUCUCCAACGUUACUGAAUUCACCGCUUGUAUUGGUGCUUUUAUUGUUGGUAUCUGUGGUAAUUUGUAUUCACGUAUUUGGAAGGGGGUCGCGGUAUCAGCCAUGUUGCCGGCCAUUUUCGUCCAAGUUCCCUCUGGUAUUGCAUCCAAGAGUUCAUUGAUUUCUGGUUUACAAACGGCCGAUCAAAUUACGAAUCGAAAUGGAACGGAAACUACUACAACUACCGAUACCACUAGUUCUUUAAGUUUUGGUGCGACAAUGGUUGAAGUUUCAAUUGGUAUUAGUGUUGGGUUAUUUGCUGCUGCAUUGUUUGUGUAUCCAUUUGGUAAAAAGGGCACUGGGUUGUUUACCUUGUAA